GGUUGUCUAAAGGCCAAAGAAGCAGAGUCCUGACCACAGGAACGCAAGGCCAGAAAGUUGGGUCCUACCUGGCCUCCCUGUGCCUGGUUGACCCUACACAGGCAGCCUGCUCUUGAUGAGCCUCAGUCUUCCCAUCUGUACAAUGAGGGCGCUGAACUAGGUUGAUCCCAGCUCCAGCGGCCCACCCUCAGGCCCCCUGCUCCUCCUGCUUUCCCCAGCCCUGGCUGUGGGUGGCCACAUGCAGUCGUGGAGAAGGAAGUCCCUCUGGCUGGUACUGCUGGCCUCUUGGCUCCUCAGCCUCCUGGGAAUCUUUCCCCUUCUCCGCCUGGCAGUGCCCACCAGACCUCGGGCAGGGGCCCGCCAAAGCUGGCCCCGCUGGCUGGAUGCAGAGCUCCUGCAGAGUUUCUCCCAACCUGGGGAGCUCUCAGAAGAUGCCCUUCAACGUCCUCAAGCCCCCAGUGGUGGCAGCUGCGACUGGGGAGCUUGCUUUGAUGCCUCGAAGUGCAGGGGUGGUGGCUUCAAGGUGUUUGUGUACCCAGUGGCUGGACCCAUCUCUAAGACUCAGCACAAGAUCUUGGCUUCCAUUGAGGGAUCCCGCUACCAUACAGUCAGCCCCACCGAGGCCUGCCUCCACCUCCUCAGCCUGGAUGCCCUGGCUGGAAAGUGCAGCCUGGUGCCCCCAAAAUGGAAUGGGGGCAAGAACCAUCUGGUCCUCCGGCUCCACCCAGCCUCCUGCUCCUGGACCUUCCAGCUGGGACAGGCGAUGGUGGCCGAGGCCAGCCCCGCAGUGGACACCUUCCGGCCUGGCUUUGACGUGGCCCUCCCGCUUCUCCCUGAAGCCCACCCGUUUCGAGGUGGGGUUCCUGGCCAGCUGCGGCAGCACAGCCCCCAGCCUGGGGUGGCCCUGCUAGCCCUGGCAGAGGAGAGGGGCGGGUGGCGCACGGCAGCUACCAACUCCUCAGCCUGCCUCUGGGAUGGGCACUGUGAGCAAGACCAUGGACCGGAGCAGACCCACCCUGGGGCAACGCUGCCCAAUGCCACCUUCUGCCUCAUCCCCGGCCGCCGUCCUGAUGCCUUGCGCUUCCUCCAAGCCCUGCAGGCUGGCUGCAUCCCUGUGCUUCUCAGCCCUCGCUGGGAGCUGCCCUUCUCCGAGGUUAUCGAUUGGACCAAGGCGGCCAUUGUAGCUGACAAGAGGCUCCCACUUCAGGUCCUGGCUGCCCUCCAGGAGAUGCCCCCCACACGGGUCCUUGCCCUGCGUCAGCAGACCCAGUUUCUGUGGGACGCCUACUUCUCCUCAGUGGAGAAGGUCAUUCAUACCACUCUAGAGAUUAUUCAGGACCGGAUCGUUGGAGUGUCUGCUCACCCCUCGUUGUUGUGGAACAGCCCCCCAGGGGCACUCCUGGCCCUGCCCACGUUUUCCACAAAUCCCUUGGACUUCCCCUUCUAUUAUCUACAGCACGGCUCUCGCUCUGCAGGCAGGUUCAGCGCCCUGAUCUGGGUGGGGGCCCCAGGCCAGCCCCCCCUGAAGCUCAUCCAGGCGGUAGCAGGUUCCCAGCACUGUGUCCAGAUCUUGGUUCUCUGGAGCAAUGACAAGCCACCCCCACCCAGGUGGCCUGAGACAGCAGUGCCCUUGAUAGUCAUCGAGGGGCACAGAAAGGUCAGCGACCGCUUCUUCCCAUACAGUGCCAUCAACACCGAUGCCAUCCUCAGCCUUGAUGCCCACAGCAGUCUUUCCACAAGUGAGGUGGACUUUGCUUUUGUGGUGUGGCAGAGCUUCCCGGAGCGGAUGGUGGGCUUUCUGACCUGGAGCCACUUCUGGGAUGAGGCCCAGGGUGGCUGGGGCUACACUACUGAGAGGGUCAACGAAUUCUCCAUGGUUCUCACCUCAGCCGCCUUCUACCAUAGUGGCCAGGGCUCAGGGAGGGGAGCAGGGUUUUUGCAANAUGACGCACCCACCUGUGUGGACGUCCUAAUGAACUUCCUGGUAGCAGAAGUCACCAAGCUGCCCCCCAUCAAGGUGCCCUACGGGAAGCGGCACCAGGAAGCCAGACCACCACAGGUGAGCCCAGACUGCAUCGACCGCGCGGCGGCAGGGUUCGGCCACAUGCCCCUGGUGUCCUCGUGCCUCCGUCUGGACCCAGUGCUCUUCAAGGACCCGGUGUCCAUGCUGCGCAAGAAGUACCGCAGCCUGGAGAAACCCUAAAACGACCCACGGAGACCCCCUUCCUUACUGCCCGGGGCGCUGCACCUACUGCGAGCUGGAGGCUCGGCUCACGUGUUCCCUCCCUAGAGACACCUAGGGAGCCAAUCCUGGUGCCCGGCUGGCCAACGCGUCGGAUCCCGAUUGGCCAAUCAUAGCCGUGGCGCCCGGAGGGGGCGGGACCUCGC